UCUGGCUCCUUCUUCCUCUGCAUGUGGCUGGCGGCCGCAGAGCGGUUCGGUUGGCGCACUCCUCGCCUCCCUCGGCUUCUCCUCGCGUCACUGGAGCCAUGGCGUUCGCCGAGACCAACGCGGCGGCAUCUUCCCUGCCCAACGGCGACUGCGGCCGUCCCAGGGCGCGGCCCGGAGGGAACCGGGUAACGGUAGUGCUCGGCGCGCAGUGGGGCGACGAAGGCAAAGGGAAGGUGGUGGAUCUGCUGGCGCAGGACGCCGACAUCGUGUGCCGCUGCCAGGGAGGAAAUAAUGCCGGACACACAGUUGUUGUCGACUCUGUGGAAUACGAUUUUCAUCUUUUACCCAGUGGAAUCAUCAAUCCAAAUGUUACUGCAUUCAUUGGAAAUGGUGUGGUAAUUCAUCUACCUGGAUUAUUUGAGGAAGCAGAGAAAAAUGUUCAAAAAGGAAAAGGUCUGGAAGGCUGGGAAAAAAGGCUCAUCAUAUCUGACAGAGCUCAUAUUGGUAAGAGGGACAUAAUGUAUUUAUAUAUAAUUUUCUUUUUAUCAGAAACUUAUCAAAUGAAAGCAUUUUGUAGCCAAUUUUAUCUUUUUUCUGACCAGAAGGAUGGAGGUGAUUAUAAGCAGAGUGCAGACAUGAGUGUUGAUGGCGUGUGUGUAAAUGUGCAAUGUCUUGUGGUCCUUGAGGGACAGUUGGCACUUACCAAAUUGGAUAUUUUGGACAUGUUUACGGAAAUCAAAGUUGGAGUUGCUUACAAGUUAGAUGGUGAAAUCAUACCUCAUUUCCCAGGAAGUUCUGUGAAUGUUUCCAGCUUCCAGAAACAGGAACUGUUAAUUGGUUUCGCCAUCCUGUGUGUAUAUGAAUAUUUGUUUCUGUUUUUAGGAACGUAUCCUUUUGUAACCUCUUCAAACUGCACAGUGGGAGGUGUCUGCACCGGACUGGGUAUGCCCCCGCAGAAUGUUGGCGAGGUAUAUGGAGUUGUGAAAGCUUACACAACUAGAGUUGGGAUCGGUGCCUUUCCCACAGAGCAAGACAACGUAAGCCCGUUUCUCAGUAACUCUGAUUCCAGCGUUUUAACAAACCAAGAAGUCUUAAAUAAAGUUGAAGUUCAAUAUAAGACUCUCCCAGGAUGGAACACAGACAUAUCAAAUGCAAGGACAUUUAAAGAACUACCUGUUAAUGCACAAAAUUAUGUUCGAUUUAUUGAAGAUGAGCUUCAAAUUCCAGGUAAAUAUAAAUACUUGAUGAACAACUAACUUUACUUUUCCUACUUUUGACUUAACUGACUACCUUUCAAAUAGGAUAAAUGAUCUUCAUUCGUAGAAUGCUUGUGAUUUGCAUAGAUACCCAGGACAUUAUAAAAUAAUUUUAUUCCUUAGGGUAAAUGUCAUCAUCUUUCUUUAACCCUUUUUAUGCCUGAAGACAGUAGAUUACCUCUCACUGGUUUUGACCCUGUCUUAAUGCUCUGUUAGUCUGUUUUUCACUCUGUGACAUUCAUUCUUGUUUCUUUCUCCCUCUUAAUAACAAAUCCUUUUGUAUCUUCACCACCCCCAAAAGUGGCUUGUGGUGUUU